AUGGAUGUCACGGCCCUUAGAGACCGCAUCCAGUCUACUCUAGAUGCAAAUGCGGAGACACGUCAGCAAGCAGAGCUGGACCUGAAAUAUGCCGAGACACAGCCAGGAUUCAUCAAUGGCCUGCUUGAUAUCCUUCAGGGCGAACAGAAUAAUGCUGUUCAGCUGUCAGCCGGUGUCUAUUUGAAGAACCGUAUCAGCAGAGGAUGGGCUCCUGUCGACGAGAACCCCUCGCGUGCGCCCAUUCCCGAAGUCGAGAAACCGGGUUUCCGUGAACGACUUAUUCCAGCCUUGGCCUCUACACCGCCCAACGUUCGCGCCCAGCUGGUUCCCCUUCUCCAGAAGAUUCUCCAGAAUGACUUUCCCGAGAAGUGGCCUGGUUUCUUGGAUCUCACCCUUCAGCUUCUCGCUACCAAUGAAGCGAACACUGUCUUCGCGGGUCUGCAGUGCCUUAUGGCCAUUACCCGUGUUUACAGGUUCAAAGCCGGAGAAAAGCGGGAGGAGUUCGACAAGAUCGUGGAGCACUCGUUCCCACAACUGCUUAGUAUUGGUCAGAGAUUGGUCGAUGAGGAAAGCUUGGAGGCUGCUGAAAUGCUUCGCAUUGUGGUGAAAUCAUACAAGCACGCUAUCUAUUUCGAGCUAUCCCCAGCCCUACAGACCCACCAGGCCACCGUCGACUGGUGCACAUUGUUCCUGCGUAUAAUCUCGAAGGUUCCCCCUGCGAACUCAAUGGGAGAGUCGAAGGAAGAGCGCGAGUUGAACCACUGGUGGAAGUGCAAGAAAUGGUCAUAUGCGAAUCUGAACCGUCUAUUCAUCAGAUACGGUAACCCCACCACUAUGUCCAAGUCUUCCAGCCCUGACUACACCCCCUAUGCGAAGACUUUCAUUACGACUUUCGCUCCAGAAAUCCUCAAGGGCUAUCUUCAGGAGAUCGAAAAGUGGGUUUCAAAGUCCCAAUGGCUCAGCAACUGCGCUCUCUCUUACACUUGCGUCUUUAUGGAGGAGUGUGUGAAGCCCAAGGCCAUGUGGGAACACCUGAAGCCGCAUAUGGAUACCCUUAUCGCCCACUUUGUCUUCCCUAUCCUGUGCCAGUCGGAUGAAGAUAUUGAACUUUUCGAGGACGAUCCUUCAGAAUACCUACACCGCAAACUGAAUUUCUACGAAGAGAUCUCAGCUCCCGAUGUUGCCGCCACCAACUUCCUGGUUUCCCUUACCAAGCACCGCAAGAAGCAGACGUUUUCUAUCCUCACAUUUAUCAACAGUGCCGUCAGCAAGUACGAGGCUGCCCCUGAGGAUCAAAAACUACCCAGAGAGAAGGAAGGUGCUCUGAGAAUGAUUGGAUCUCUCGCUUCCGUCAUUUUGGGUAAGAAGAGCCCUAUUGCGGACCAGGUUGAAUACUUCUUUGUUCGCCACGUUUUUCCUGAAUUCCGCAGUCCUCACGGAUUCCUGCGUGCCCGUGCCUGCGACACGCUGGAAAAGUUCGAGCAACUGGACUUCAAGGAUCCCAAUAAUCUGAUGGUUAUUUACCGAAACAUUCUCGAGUCGAUGACUGACCCUGAACUCCCUGUUCGUGUCGAGGCUGCUCUUGCCCUUCAGCCGUUGAUCCGCCACGAUAUAAUUCGCACUUCCAUGCAACAGAAUAUCCCCCAGAUUAUGCAACAGCUUCUCAAGCUGGCUAACGAGGUCGAUGUGGAUGCUUUGGCCAACGUCAUGGAAGAUUUCGUUGAAGUUUUCUCCGCUGAACUUACCCCCUUCGCCGUGGCUUUGAGUGAGCAGUUGCGCGAUACCUACAUGCGUAUUGUUGGCGAGCUUUUGGAGCGCAAUGCUAGCAAGGGUGGAGAGGAUGAGUACGGUGAUUUCUUGGACGAUAAGAGUAUUACUGCACUGGGUGUUUUGCAGACCAUUGGAACCCUCAUUCUUACCCUCGAGAGCACUCCUGAUGUUCUCCUCCACUUGGAAACUAUUCUGCUACCUGUCAUCAGUAUUACCUUGGAGAACAAGUUAUACGAUUUGUAUAACGAGGUCUUCGAGAUUAUUGACAGCUGUACCUUUGCAUCUAAAUCUAUUUCUCCCACCAUGUGGCAGGCCUUUGAGCUGAUUCACAAGACCUUCAAGGCCGGUGCGGAGCUGUACCUCGAAGAUAUGCUGCCUGCGCUUGAUAACUAUGUGACCUACGGCUCCGAGACCCUGGUGCAGAACCCAGCCUACCUUGCUGCUACUGUCAGUAUGGUAGAAGAUAUCUUCCGCAACGAGACUGUUAGCGGAGUAGACCGGAUCUGUGGCUGCAAACUCGCCGAGACUCUCAUGCUCAACCUCCGUGGUCAUGUUGAUCAGUACAUUCCUCUCUUUAUUGAAUUGGCUAUGACUGUCAUUGCAGCUGGGGAGGUCCCGACCAAGUCGUACCGUCUCCACCUGAUGGAGAUGGUGAUCAAUGCUAUCUAUUACAACCCUAUCCUCAGUCUCCAGGUUCUGGAAUCCAAGGGCUGGACGAACACGUUCUUCAGCACCUGGUUCUCCAGCAUAGAUACCUUCCGUCGUGUUCACGACAAGAAGUUGUCGAUUGCUGCCAUUAGCUCGCUUUUGACUAUGAAAGCAGAGGUUGUUCCCGUUAGUGUCCAACAGGGAUGGCCAAGAUUGUUGCAGGGUGUGACAAGACUUUUCCAGACCCUGCCUGCUGCAAUUAAGUUGCGUGAGGAAGCUACCAAAGAGUCUGAUUUCACCUACGAUGAUGAAGGCGAUGAUGAUGACGAGGAGAACGACUGGGAUGGUGAUGUCGAAUGGAACGAGGAAGAGGUUGAGGAGGCCCUUGGAGGUGACGGAGACGUCGCCGACGAGAGCGCCGCCUACCUCGAUUUCCUCAGCCAGGAGGCCGCCAAGUUUGGCUCCUUCGCAGAUGAUGACGAUGACGACGAUCUGGACGAGGAGAGUCUUCUCGAGACUCCAUUGGACAAGCUUGACCCCUAUGGCAUGUUCAAGCAUGUCUUCUUGAACCUCCAAUCCGAGCAGCCACAGCUGUAUGAUAGUCUAUCCAGGGUUCUCAGCCCCGAGGAGCAGAACGUUAUCCAGGGAGUGUUCCACGAGGCAGACAAUGCCGCGUUAAAACAAGUCGAAGCCGAAGCUGCCGCCGCUGCGGGCAUGCAGAUUAACAAUAUCCAAUAG